AUGAUCAGAAAGCUGUUUUCUUGCAAGUUGUUGAGAAGUGGCUUUCAGAAUCCCAAUAGUCUCACCUUUUUCGUCCUUGCUGGUCCCCAUAAACAAAUAUCCCUCUUGAGAAAGAUCCACACGCUGAACGGCGUCUUUCAAACGCAAAACCCCGAGGUUGUCGAUGGUUGCAACCACAACCACACGGUCCUGUUUGGCGUUCACAGCAAAUGCUCCGACAACAACUCCGUGCUUCCCACUGAUGUCCUUCACAAAUGGAGCUUCACCACUCACAGUAAUCAGCUGCUCGCCCUGGUAUUGGUCCUGGUAAAUGUUCCUGAUGUCUCUGGCGGUCAUUGGCUUCUUCAAAGGAAUAGAAAUGGUCUCGGUAAUACCUUGGAACCAUUGGGCAACAUGAGGCAUGAAGGCAACAGGCAAGCCCAAUUGCGACGAAAUUUCACGCUCGUGAACGUGGUCGGUCAAAGAGUAUGGAAUCAAGUUGUCUCUCAGCACAUUGAUGUCGUUCUUUGGAGAUGGCUUGGUUCCUGCUCCAGAGUAGCCAGAAACACCAAAAAUCGAUGUGAAUCCUCUGGCACCAAUCAGGGCGACCCGCGACUUGGAAGUGUUCGAUCCAUCUCUGAGUGGUGGAUUGGCUUUAGCAGAAGUUGCCAGACCUCUCUUGAACUGUCUGCUGAAAACACCACCUUGGAUAUUUCUAUGAGUGCUGAAGCUUCUGGUCUGGGAGCCAGACUUGAAAAUUCCGCUUUGCUUUCCUGCAACCUGCUUGGAGAAGUUUUCGAUCAAGGAGCUCACUUGCUCAAUGCUCUCUGCUCCGUACCAGAACAAAAUGUGUCCGUUCUUAGCAAAAGACCCAUCGGCCUUGGCAAAGAACCAAGCAGUGUUUGGAUCGUCUUCCUUGACUGUCCAUUGCAAAGCACUGUAGUCUUUUCUGAUAGCUGUAAAGAUGUUAUCAGUCACGUUGUUGAGCCAUCCGGCUUUGGAAGCAAGGAACUUGUCGAGCUUGGCAACUCCGGUUGUAUCAUCUCUGACAAUGGCGAGCACCUCAAGAGGCUCGUCGCCAUAAGCCUUGAACUUGACCGAUUCGAGUGCCUUCAGGUAAGAAGCCACAGAGGUGGAACCGGAAGAGAUUUCGACGUCUCUGUUGAGUGCAGCUCUAAGAAGAUCUGGCUGUUGAAAUUCCUCGAGAGAGUUUCUGACCAAAAGCUUGUAACCUCUUCUGAUCAAAGUUCCGGCACCAGAGUCGGUGAACAGUUCCUUUUGCAAAUCGUUCACGUCAAUGAUGGCGACCGAGGAAGAGCGAGGCAGAUGCAUCAACAAGUCUCUGAUUUCCUUGAUCUUCAACUUGGUUCCACGAUCUUCAAUGGCUCGAACACUCUGGCAAUUUCACCAGCAGCAACAUCAGCGUUGACAUUCAAAAUCUGGCCAGAAGAAGUUUCUGCCAAUGAAGUGAGAAUAGGCAAGGCACCAGCCUGGAUAGAAGCUUCCACAGGGGCCUUGUUGACACCUGUGAUGCUUCCAACAAGCUGUCACCAACUUGAGGUUCUGUUCCAAGAAACACUUUCUGACAACGGCCAUUGUUCUCUCGUCGGUGAUACGGAUACCGUCGAUGUAAUCAGGCUCGACUCCCUCGUUCUCGAGGAUCUCAUUGAUCUGAGGUCCGGUACCGUGCAAAACAAUUGGAUACAACCCCACAUGGUACAAGAAAGCAAGACAAGAAGCAAGCUCUGGCAAUUGUUGGGUGAUGAUGGCUCCACCGACCUUGAUGACGGCGAAUUGUUGUUGUGA